GCUGUGUAAUGUAAACCACGAACUAACUAUUCUACUAAAUUUCGCUAUUACUAAUCGCAUAGUUGCAAAAAUACAUUUAUGAGUUGAUCCUAAAACAGUAUUAUAAAUUUCACGCACAUGCCUCGAUCAACGUCAAACGCUCUGUACAGCCACGUAAAUUGGUGAAACGGAGAGGUUUCAAUGUUAAAGGAAAUCAUCAUCGUAAUUCAUUUUAUGUAUUUGGAGAAGGAAAUUCAUAUACCUUUUCCAACUUUACGAUUCUACAACCCACUGGGCAUUACCAGAGUUGCUAGUGAAAACAAACCGUAGUCACCCAAGUCCACAACCUUUUCACUCAUCCUCAGCUUUCUCCGCAUGAUGUUACGACUAAUACAUAUUUAGAGAAGGACACAUGAAUUUCUUGCAUAUAAGCGGAUUUUCUCCCAACUUUAAUUGAUCUGUGCUGGCACAUUUAAGUAAUAAUUUGUCGUAGAUAUUUCAUUUAAUUCUGCACAAUGGCAGCCAAUGGAUUGUUGGAUACUAUUGGAGAAACUCAUACAGCAAGAAACAUCCGAUCAGCUUCUCUCCAAAAUAAGAAAACUGAUCUAAAACACCCUGCCUCAAAAAAUUGGCUGAUUCAUCUCCAUUACAUAAGAAGGGAAUUUGAAACAUGCAAAUCUAUCAUUUUUGAAGAAUUGCAACGAACAAAUGGCAACUCUGAGUACGCCAACUAUGUUUUGUCACUUAUCUACCGAAGUGAGGGGAAAAUGCAGGAAUCUCUGGACAAGUUGCAAGUUUGUCAUGAAUUGGAACCAAAUAAUGCAAAUACAGUGAAACAAAUUGCUCGCUCUUUAUUUUUGCUGGGUCGUCACAAGUUGGCAAUUGAAGCUUAUCAAAAGGCCCAAAUAUUGAAUGACGACUCGGAUUCGGAGACGUACUACAACAUGGGAAUGUGCUACAUUUUCAUGAAGGACUUGGAUAAGGCCAAGGAGCACAUGAACCUGUCUCUCCAGGCACGAGUGUCGCAGGAGGCUUUCGAAGCUCUUGCACAAAUUGCACUAGCCAAGAAAAACUUACACGACGCGAUCAUUGUUUAUGAGAAGGCUGCGAGAAUAUUUCCGGAAAACUCUGAACUCUUGAGUAACUUGGGACUGCUUUACAUGAAAGUGGGAAGAGAUGAUGUGUCAUUUGUCCGAUUAGGAUCAGCUUUAGCGUUUGAUCCUCUCAACUCCAAAGCCCUGGUUGCAAUGGCGUCCAUGAUGCAGACUCACGAGGACUAUGAUCAUGCGUUGGCCAAGUACAAAGGAGCUAUGCAAACUCUUCCCGACUCUGCCUCGGUUUGGAAUAAUACAGGAAUGUGUUUUCACUUUGGGAAACGAAAAUAUGUUGCGGCCAUGAGCUGUCUCAAGCGAGCCUACUACUUGUCUCCGUUUGACUGGAAGAUUCUUCACAACCUUGGUCUGAUCCAUUUGCAUAUGCAGCAAUACGCCUCUGCAUUCCACUUUCUUACAGCAUCAAUCAACCUCAAGCCUCUGCAAAGUCAUAAUUUUUUUUUGCUGGCAGUUGCCAUAAGUCAUCUUGAUGAUUUGGACUAUGCUACACAUGCCUUUGAACAAGCUCUAAGGUUGAAUUCAGAGGUGAUCAACACCGACCCGGCAACGCUAUGGCUAAACUACGGCAUUUCUCUAUUCAAUCACAAAAAGUAUGCCGAAGCCUAUCAAAAAUUCAAACAGGUUCAUGCCAUUCUCUCCAAAACACCAAGGGGGUCCAUUGAUCCAGAUGUCAAGUCAACUUUCACUCGGGUCAAGUCUGCCAUGAAGUUGAUGAAUUUCCAUUUGCAAGAGGAAAAUGAGCCCGAAAUACUGUCAGCACCACCGCCAUUCGAUAAUACCGUCGCACCAAACACCGAUGUUCCAACAAGUACAAAAUUGAGGGACAUGGAAAAAACAACAGCAAAUAAGAAAUCCAUGAAUUUAAUUGAUGAAGCUGAUUUAGUUUAAUUUAGUUAAAUACAGAUAUAAUUUUUGCAUAAUUGGAUGGUUGUUGACAUUAUCAUUAAUAAAUUGUCAUACAAAA